UCUCUCUCUCUCACCAGCGCGUGUUUUCUUUCCAAAAUUCUUUUACUCUCUGUACAGCCAAUACACGCCGAGCAUUACAUUACACACUCUAUCUAAUAUAUAUGAAUAUUGAAUAUAAAUAUAGAUAAAAUUCAUUCUUCAUUUCCCUCUCUCUCCCCUCUCCCUUGACUUCGGGACUGUACUAGACACUCCGCUCGGUCUUUCAGAGAUUGGAUUUUGUAAUGGAGAGCUCUGAUGAUGAAAAAGAUGCGGUUUACAGGAAUUAUAUCCCUAAAGAACUAAGUCGUGGUUUAGCAUCUUCUGGUGCAAAAUUUGUAGACGAAGUGCUCAAUGGUCAAAAUGAACGUUGUCUUGAAAAUUUUCGCAUGGAUAAACGUGCAUUUUAUAAGUUGUGUGAUAUUUUGCAAGCCAAAGGCUUACUACGCCACACAAAUCGGAUCAAGAUUGAAGAGCAAUUAGCCAUAUUCAUGUUCAUAGUUGGUCACAAUCUGCGCACUCGAGCUGUACAAGAGUUAUUCCGCUAUUCUGGGGAAACCAUCAGUCGCCAUUUUAACAAUGUUCUAAAUGCUAUAAUGGCAAUUUCAUUAGAUUUCUUUCAGCCCCCAAGCUCUGAUGUUCCUUCAGAAGUUUUUGAAGAUCCCAGAUUCUAUCCAUAUUUUAAGGACUGUGUUGGAGCGGUUGAUGGAAUGCACAUUCCUGUAAUGGUUGGUGUUGAUGAGCAAGGACCUUUCCGCAACAAAAAUGGCUUACUUUCACAAACUGUUCUGGUCGCUUGCUCCUUUGAUCUCAAGUUCCAUUACGUCCUUGCUGGCUGGGAAGGUUCUGCAUCAGAUUUUCAAGUUCUGAACUCGGCACUCACAAGGCGAAACAAACUGUCCGUUCCUGAAGGUAAAUACUAUCUUUUGGACAAGAAGUAUGUGAAUUUGCCAGGCUUCAUUGCUCCAUACCCUGGUGUUCCUUACCACUUGAAGGAGUUUCCUGAUGGUUACCCUCCUCAAAAUGCCAAGGAGCUAUUCAAUCAGCGACAUUCAUUGUUAAGGAAUGCUACUGAUCGUAUCUUUGGCACUUUGAAAGCACGCUUCCCUAUAUUGAUGACAGCUCCUCCGUACCCGUUACAAACGCAAGUGAAGUUGGUUGUGGCAGCAUGUGCCAUACACAACUACAUCCGGAGUGAGAAACCAGAUGACUGGCUCUUUAAAAUGUAUGAACAGGAUAGCCUACUACAAGCGGAAGAAUCACCACCAUCGUCAGAGAUGGAUCAACAAAUGAUGCAUGUAGACAAUGCUGCUUUGGACGUUCCUUUCGGCGAUGAACAACUAGAAUUCUCUUUGCAGUUGCGGGACUCUAUUGCAUCAGAAAUGUGGAAUGACUAUCUUAAUGAUAUAUCUUCUCUGUAGAUCCAUCCUUGUUUCUGGUCACAGUUUUCGGUGGGGUACAGAAAGUUUUGGGGAUUAUGGAAGUAGAUAAACACUUUUUUGUCAUCAA